ACGUGAACGCUUGCUCAUUUCGCGCUCAUUUCGGCCCACGCUUGAUUUCGUCAUGCUUUUCGGGUUUUUGAGUCUCGCAGUCAGUGUCAGUUACAGAGUACAUUCAUUACAUUCCGUUUCUGACUUGUUCUUUCCGUUUUGCCAUAUGAUUUUGUCUCAGAUUUUGUCCGAACCUGCCCUUUAUUAAGCUUUCUCAACAUAUUUACAGUGCUAUAAAAUCAAACUUAAAGCUGUCGACGAAUUAAAACUAGUCAUGUCCACCAGUGCAACUUUAUCGGAGGCUCCGGCCGGGCGAAACCAUGCGACGGCCAUGCUAACAGGUCGCAAUCGUCUGGCUGGCUUAGUGGAGCAGGCGUUCGCCAGCGGGGACCUCAGUGAUGUCCGUUUCACUGUGGGACGUCCGUCUGGCGAUGUGCGGGAUUUCACCGCGCACAAGUUCGUCUUGGGGAUUCGCAGCCCGGUGUUCCGCAUGAUGUUCUACGGCAAUGUGCCCGAAAACGGCCAGGACGCCGUAGAUAUCCCCGAUAUUCACCCGGAUGCCUUUGCCAACAUGUUAAGUUUUGUGUACACCGAUGGAGUUCCAGUGGAUGAUCUAAACGCCGGCAACGUUUUCGCCACGAUGAGCUGCGCUAACAAGUACGGUUUACCGGAGCUGGUGCAGCUGUGCAGCAAUUUCGUCGUCAGCCAAUUGACUGCCGAUAAUUGUCUGGCCACUUUGAAACAGGCUGUGUUCUGGCAUGCUGACAACAUCGUGGACGAGUGUCUGGCGUUAGUGGAUCACCACAGUGUGGCGAUGCUGCAGUCCGACCAGUUUGACGGCAUCACACAGGAAACACUGCAGCGUAUUCUGCAGCGCAAGACACUGUUGGCGGAGGAACACAUGAUUUACUUGGCUGUUGAACGGUGGGCAGCGGCGGCCUGUUCUAGUAACGCCGUGGAGGCUUCAGCGGCCAAUCGCCGUCAGAUGCUGGGAGACGCAUUGUUCCAUGUGCGGUUUCCGCUCUUGAAUAACACGGAAUUAGCAGACGGCCCGGGCAAAAGCGGACUGUUGACGGAAUCGGAACUGUUGAGUUUGUUCAUGUACCAGAAUGCCACGGUGAAGCCGACCUUGGCGUUUCCCACCGAGCGCCGCUUAACGAAGGAACAACAGAAAGAACAGAGUCCACAGACAUUGUUUCGCACGGGAGAGGAAGUGUUUGUGCAGUCCCUGGGCAAAAUGGGACCGUGGUGGCAGCCAGCGCGCGUGAUCGCGUGUUAUCCCCAUCACGUGUUGUUCACUUGGUGCAAAAACGGCGAGAGCGACACCGCAACGGCUGACCAGGUGAUUCGUGCCAAAGACUACCUGAAACGCGACCAGACGGUGUACGUGCGCUCGAUGCGAGCGUACGCACGGUACGAACAUGCCGGCAUGGACGGACAGCCCCGGGUCAAUGGUGAUCGGAUCGUUGAACUGGCGGAUUUGCUGCUGCGCAAAGAGCAUGUCGCGUUGUGGAAGGCGGGCCGGAAAUGAGCCACGUUCUUUGUCCGGAUCGGACUUUGAACCCAUUCGCCUUUUUAUGCACGCGAAAAUUGUUGUUGUCUUCGCUUUUUAAUGCGUGCAUGCGAAACUAUUGUUAUCUUUACUUUUUGAUGCACCGCAUUGCACCCGACAACUUUUUUCUUCACAGUGUGAUUGCUUUCGCAAAUUAUUCCUGCGCUUUUUGAUGUUUACGAAGCUGAUACGUUUGUUUUUGUUAACGCUGCUUGAUAUUUACAAAUUUGUACGCUUUUUGAUGUUUGCAAAGAUGCUGCUUUCACUAUUUGAUGCGUACGUAAACACUUACUUUGCUUUUUCAUGUUUGCGAAGACUG